CUAAUUCUAUGGAAUGGGUUUGAGGAGAGGAGAAGGAACAAGCAAUGCCCAGUGUUACUAACGUGAUGGUAGAACAUGCCUUAUCCCAGCUAGUUCAUCUCUGUCAUGCCUCCAGUAGGAGCCUGAGGGUGUCUGUGGCUUCAGAGGAAUGUGGGGAAGAGCAGACCAUGGCAGGCCAGGGCCCUUCAGAAUUGGGACAGGAUGAAUAUGAGAGAAAGAGCUCAGGCAAGGCCACCCCCUCCUGAUCCUAGAGCAGGGAGAGUGGAGAGACGGACGGAACAACAACGCAAGCAGGUUCAACUACUCGGGAGGAGAGCGCCCCACCCAUCUCCACAGGGCACACCUGGACACUGAGACUGAAGGAGCCACUGUGGGGAGGGGCAUUUGUUGUGAACAAACACUGAUUUCUUGGAGUUUUGUGUGCUGUUGCUGAUCUUGGAAACAGCUCUCUGAUCUCUUGUUCGGGGGGGGGGGGGGAAACCCUGAAACUCUGACCAUUGGACAGGCUGACAAAUUUGAUUUGGUAUUCAAAGACCUCAGACUGCAUUUUGGCUUCUCUUCUGAAACAGCUCAGGCAAGCUUGUGUUUCCACAGACUUGUUAGAUUUUGGGUAUAUGUUUCAUUCCUUGUGUAAAUUAUUCUUCUACUCUAAUUGUAUGUGAAACUACUUGCAGCCAGAGGCUGCUGAAGAACCAACUCUAAAGAUACUGUGUGGUCUUCACCGUAGCCUCCGUUCAGCCAUGAAGAUGUUAUUCAUCAAAGGCCAGUGGCUGAAGUCCAUCUGGAGCAGGAGAAAACUUGGUGGAUUGGUCCCCCAAGCCAUGAAGAUCUUUACUUCCCUCGAUUUUUCCGAGUUUGAAGCUAUUAACCGUGGGGACAAAGAGGUGCCGAAGUACUUUAAUUUUGCAAAUGACGUGCUGGAUAAAUGGUCCAAAAUUGAAAAGAAUGGAGAGAGGGCCUUCUAUCCAGCUCUCUGGUGGAUCGAUGGAAAAGGAGGAGAAGUGAAAUGGGACUUUGAAAAACUGGGCUUGGUCUCUAGGAAAGCGGCCAACGUACUCACGGGACCCUGUGGCCUGCAGAGAGGAGAUCGGGUGAUCCUCAUUCUGCCUCGGAUCCCAGAAUGGUGGAUGUUAACCGUGGCAUGUAUGAGAGCAGGGAUCGUCUCCCUCCCAGGGACCCCACAGCUGACAGCUAAAGAUAUCCAGUAUAGACUCCAGGUUUCCAAAGCGAAAGGCAUCAUCACAAAUGAUUCGUUGGCCCCUCUGGUGGAGACCAUCUCUUCGGCAUGUCCUUCUCUGCAAAUCAAGUUGCUGAUCUCCGAAAGAAGGCGAGAAGGAUGGCAACAUUUCAAGGAGCUGUUUGCGGCAGCUCCUUCCAGCCACAAUUGUGUUCAAACCCGGAGUGAUGAACCAAUGAUUAUAUUCUUCACAAGUGGAACCACAGGAUCUCCAAAGAUGGUUGAACACUCUCAAACCAGCUUACCCUUGGGCUUGGCUCUACCUGGAAGGUUUUGGCUGGACUUCAAACCUUCAGAUGUCAUGUGGAACAUGUCCGAUACUGGUUGGGUGAAGGUGUCUGUGGGGAGUGUCUUCGGCCCUUGGCUACGAGGGACCAGUGUCUUCAUACACAGCAUGCCACAGUUUGACCCAAAGGAGGUUCUAAAUACACUUUCCAAGUACCCAGUGACAACAAUGUGCACUGCUCCAACAGCUUACCGCAUGCUGGUGCAGGAGGAUCUUAGCAGCUACACAUUCAAGAACCUGUCUCACUGUUUGGCUGUAGCGGAACCAAUGAACCCAGAAGUGGUGUCACAAUGGAAGAAACAGACCGGGUUGCAAAUCCACGAAGGCUAUGGACAAACUGAAGUCGGGAUGGUAACGGCCAACAAAAAAGGGAGACCAGUUAAACCAGGCUCCAUGGGAACUGCAUUCUCAUCUUACGACGUCCAGAUUGUAGAUGAAGAAGGUAAGAUUUUGCCCCCUGGACAAGAAGGAGACAUCGCUAUCAGGAUAAAACCCAAACGCCCUUUUAGCUUCUUCUCUCGCUAUGUGGACUCCCCAGAAAAAAACUCAGCAGUUGUCCGGGGAAAUUUCUACAUCACUGGUGACCGAGGCUGGAUGGACGAAGAUGGCUAUUUCUGGUUUAUUGGAAGAUCUGAUGAUGUCAUCAUCUCCUCUGGAUACCGCAUUGGCCCUUUUGAAGUAGAAAGUGCUUUGAUUGAACAUCCAGCAGUGGUUGAAUCAGCCGUUGUCAGCAGUCCGGAUAUAGUCCGAGGGGAGGUAGUAAAAGCAUUUGUGGUGUUGUCCCCCGAGUUUGCUUCACACAACCCAGAGAAACUAGCCUGUGAGCUGCAGGACCACGUCAUGAAAGUGACAGCUCCCUACAAGUAUCCCAGGAAAGUGGAAUUCGUGCAGGCGCUGCCCAAGACAACCAGUGGCAAAAUCAGAAGGAACGAACUGCGAAAAUGGGAAUGGGGUCAAAUGUAGUUCCGCGUCAGUCUUGCAUCCCGUCACCGUUUGCAGAAAGAUCCGCGGGCAGACUUCUUCAUGUCAAGGUUGCAUUUAAAAAGCCGAAAGCCGAGCAGCUUCACCUGGGUCUGGUGAAGUGUGUAACUUCUGCGUAACGUUCCCCAAUUCCUCAAAAUAAAUAGGCCAAUCAGUUUGAGAGGUCCUCGCUUUCUGAA